AUGCAGAACAUGUCAAUGGAUUCUCUUCAGUUAAUCUUUCUUUUGUGCCUUAUUCAAGUGUUCUGUUUCACAAAAUGUCAGCUUCAAAAUAUAUCCUUUUGCAAUUCCGCAAUCAACCUCACAUCUGGGAGCAUCUUUCCAGUCAAUUUGAAUCUUACUUUGGCUUCUCUAGUUGCCAAUGCUUCGUUAAGCGGCUUCGCCACCAGCAAGUUUGGUCAGGAUCCUAACACUGUGUAUGGCCUAACACAGUGCAGAGCUUAUGUGAGCAAGGAAGAUUGCCAAACCUGUGUUGAAAGUGCAGUCAGGGAGAUCCGCCAACUUUGUCCCAUCCAGAAAGAAGCUUUCAUCCUGUCUCAAAAUUGUUCGCUUAAAUAUUCGACUAACAGCUUCUUCUCCACUGCCGACAGUGCUUCCAAAAUUGCAGUUUGUAAUGGUGCGAAGGCGAGCCAAACUGCUCUUUUUCAGAGUGUUUUGGGGAGCUUAAUGUUAAACCUUUCAUCCUCGGCCAUAUUGAGUCCUUCCAGAUUGGUAAACAGGAGCACUGCUAAUAGGGAUAUCGAGAUACAUGCUAUGGUGCAGUGCACGCCUACUUUGGAAGUUAGCAGCUGCUCGAACUGCUUGCAAGAUAUCAUCGCAUGCAUGUUAACAGUGUGCAACCUAAACGAAGGUUCUAGGAUAGUAUCUCUUAGUUGUGAUGUCCGGUAUGAGGUGUAUCCAUUCUCUUUGACAUAUUCACCUACACCAGCACCGUCACUGGCUCCGGCUCCGCCGCCGCCACCUCUUCCUUCGCAAUAUCCUUCGCCACCUGGGCCUAAUUCAACUACUAAUUCUACAAGUCCCUCGAGCAGCGGUUUGUCUUACCAUGCAGGAAGUAAAAACAAAAGAACCAUUAUUCUUGUGGCCCUUCCUGUUGCUGCUGCAGCGAGCUAUCUGAGAGAAAUCUCUCUAGUUUGUUGUGAAUCAGAUGGUGGUCACAAUCAUGAUGAGAGCAUAAGCAAGGAAUCACUUGUGAUCAGUUUAAGGAAACUGAAGGAAGCAACAAGAGACUUCGCUGAGGAGUAUAAGCUCGGGGAGGGUGGUUUUGGUUCUGUUUACAAGGGGAGAUUGUCCGAUGGACGAGAAAUAGCAGUGAAAAGGCUAUCAAGUAGCUCAGCACAGGGGCUACAAGAGCUAAAAACAGAAGUCUUGCUGGUUGCCAAGUUGCUGCAUCGGAACCUGGUGAGGCUGUUAGGUUUCUGCUUGGAAGAAGACGAGAAACUUCUUGUCUAUGAAUUCUUGCCCAAUGGGAGCUUGGACAAAAUUCUAUUUGAUCAGAUCAAAAGAUUUGGCUUGGAAUGGGAGAGACGUUUCAGAAUCAUAGUUGGAAUUGCGCGCGGCCUACUUUAUCUGCAUGAGGACUCUCAGCUGAGGGUCAUUCAUCGAGACUUGAAAGCCAGCAACAUACUCUUAGAUGAGGACAUGAAUCCCAAAAUCGCCGACUUCGGUUUGGCCAAGUUAUUCUCUGGAAGUCAGACCCAAGGCAACACACUGCGCAUCGCAGGAACAUACGGAUACAUGGCUCCAGAAUAUGUCAAGCAUGGAAACUUCUCCACUAAGUCGGAUGUCUAUAGCUUCGGUGUCAUGGUGCUGGAGAUUGUGACAGGUCGAAAGAACUCAAGUUCCCACAAUCCAGUUAAUCUUCAAAGCCACACAUGGCGACAUUGGGCCAACGGAGCGGCUUUAGAGCUCCUAGAUCCUGCCCUAGGUGGUCAGUUCCCAAGGUACGAAGUCCUGAAGUGCAUCCAGAUUGGCUUGAUGUGCGUUCAAGAUGGUCCUGCUGAUAGACCUUCGAUGUCUGAGGUAAUCAUGAUGCUUAGCAGUUAUACAAUCUCUUCUCCAGCGCCUGCAAGACCAGCCUUUUAUGUCCCCAUGGAGAAACAGGAACCAGGCUCUGCCAAGGGAAAUUCCAAUGCAUCUGCAAGUGAUCAGCUCAAAACUUCAUCCGUGCAAGGAUCUGUAAAUGAGGUUACAAUUAGUGAAUUGUGUCCACGCUAGGAAUCAAAGAAGUAGAGCCAUAAUGCCAAAUUUAUGUUAGAUUCUCCUU